AUAAAAUGAAAGGAUCCCAAAGGGAUGGAAAUCAUCCAAGAAAGUCAUACCCUCGAGUGGCAAACUAGCACUGGUGUAGCUGAGACCCACCCCCGUCCAGCUUCCAGCUUUCCCAGAGUUUACAUAAGUGGGAGAAGGCAGUGGUGUGCGCCCGCAGAGCCCCCCCAUCCCAUUCCUAGCAGCACCCCCCACUUCAGCCCUCAGCAAGGUCUCAUGUUGAUUCAGUGUCCUCUAGCGGCAAACCUGCGACACACACACGAGAGCAGUGGGACGUGGGGACCCUCUGCCUGGCUUCAGGAGAAUCAGGAGGAAGCGUCCUUGAAGCAGAUAUCUUCGGGAAAAGAGGUCUACUGCACGCGUCAUCCGAGCCGCGGGUGCAAUGUGUGGCAACGUGUCAGCCAACCCCAAGUGACCAGUAAUUCAUACAAUACAUGGUGUGUUGGCUGCCUCCAUCUCAUGGGAUUGUGUCUGCUCUCUUGCUGGCAAGCUGAAACUUUUCAUGAAGACUUGAAUGAGUCCCUCGGGGAUUGGAUCUUUCUGAAAAUAUAUAUUUGUCAAACAUUUCUGUUUGACAUUAUGUAAUGCCUCAUCAUUGGUGCUUGAAAUAAGCGAGCAUUAAGGAUUGAUAUAAUAUUAUGUGGCUCACUGCUGCUCGUCACACCACCCAAGGGAAUGGGACACCCUGAGAGCUGAACGGACUUAGAAAAUUACUGAAAAUGACUAAGCCUCUCUCCCAGAUUUGUACAAAUGAUCCUUUUUUAACACUGAACUCCAUAACCAAAUCUGCCAAUUCACAUUUCUUCCCUUAAUUAUUUUUCAUUAA